CGCCCCAACAUCUCGCAAGCACUGUUGUGUCUCUGAGUGGUGGGUGAAGCUUGCGACCGGAUGCGGCCGGCGGCGCGUCCGUGAAGUCGCUGUCAGUCUGUCUUCGACCGGCGCCAUGGCCGCACCGCGCCGAGGGGCCGGACAGGUUCCUAGGACAUCGACGUCACGGGCGUGAGCAACUUCACAGUUCGCGACCUCACUGUGGAGGACGUCGGCUGUCGCGGAGACGCUGGCCGCGGCUACCCUGGCGGUCCGCCUGAGGCGAGUGAUUUGAACGCAAUGCAAGGACUCUCCCAAAUAUUUCAGUCACUUGGCCCCGCGUCGGUGCGCGGGGCAGACCGGGCAGACCGAGCUGGCAGGCAGCACGUGCACGUGGACCGCCUGCUGGUGGACCUCACGGUGGGCGACGUGAGCAUGCGCAUCGACCGGGCGGCGGGGGAGAACUUCAUCAUUGCCCAAGCCACCAUCAUGCUGCUCCGCACCAGUGGGCACCUCGUCCUCGACGCCUUGAUGCCCGAACUCCGCCUCAAGUCGGCCGACGUGAUUCUCGGCAUCGCCAACAACAUUUUCGCCAAGGUGUCCGUCGACCAGCUGCUGCAUGAUUGAUUGAUGUGCUGCCAGGCAGUUCAUGGUUCUUAUUUAAUGUAUGAACUCUCUUCAAAAUAUAUGUGCCUGCUGGGCCUUAA